AUGAAAACAAAUUCGGAUUUUAUUGGAACGAGUGGAAAUUAUUCAUCUCCGAAUUACGAAAACAUAACUCAAAAUCAAAUAAUCAACGUCGAAAAUGAAUUCGCGAUUUCGCUCUCGUCGCCUGAUUUGAUUUACGAAAAAGUGGUAACGGAACCGGUUAAAGAAGAAAAAAAAAUAUCUCCGACAGGGAAUCGGCAAAUGAUGACGGAUGGUGGUAAUCCUGGUAAAAAACGAAACUGGAAUAAAAAAAUUGACGAAACGAAACUCAUAAAAGAAUUUUCUUAUCAGUACAUAAAAGAUCCCAAAGUUGUCGAUUCGAAUCCGAGCGGAAUCGUUGGAAUCGACGGUUUUUCCAAAAGCAUAGUUAAGAAUAGAAUAAAGCAAUUGGGGUUGGACGAGUUGGAUGGUAAUGGAAAAGAUGGUUCCGGAAAAGAAUCCAAUCCGAUAAAUUAUUACAUUGACGAAGCGUAUAUGGCCAAUUUGAAAAAUGCCGAUUCCAAAUUACAAGAAAUCAGUUUAUUCGCAUUGGGUGAGAGUCAUCCGCAGUGUAAGGAACCCUCACUCGAAGAAGUUCCAGAAGAAAAACAUCAAAAAUCCGUUAAAGAUUUACUCGCCGAUUUCGAAAAGAAAUCUCAACUUGCUCAAGAAAGAGAUGCAUUGGAUCAAGAAAAAAGUUUCGAAGAUGUAUCGAGUAAACGAUGCGUUUUCAGCGACACGGAAACUUUACUUUAUGACACAUCGAGCGAUACGGAAGAUAAAAAAAUCGAACCGAAUCCAUCGAUACUCACGAACUUGAAAAAAUUUGAAUUGGCCGAUAUAGAAGAUGAAUUAACAGAAGAAGAAGAAGGAGAAGAAGGAGAAGAGGAUAGAGAUGAAGAAGUGGUUGCAGCGUUGAGUCGUCGCGAAAGGAUUUUCAGUUCUUGCCGCGAAAUGAAUCGUAAAAAAGAAAACGGUUCGAAUCAUAAAAUGAAAAAAUUGACGACGAGAUUACCUGAUGUGAAAAAUGAAAAUUCACCGUGUAGCGACAUCGAGAGAAUAAUGUCACCCGUUUAUGCCAAAUCUAGUUUGUCGGAAUCCGUCACGCCUCUAGACAAUUGCGAUUCGACUUGCGUCACGCCCACAAUCGAAAAAAUAAAAGAUAAUUUGGAGAAAACUUUACCAAAGGAAAAUUUGACCAAAAAAAUACAGCCGGAAGUAUCUAAAGAGGAUGAAACAUGCGAAAAUCACUACAUGCCAAUGACUCCUUCUCGAAGAAUAUCGGCCCCACCGUCGGAUAAAUCUCGAAGCGAUUCUUCAUUGCAUUCAUUUCUUUUCGGCGUCGACGUGGAGGAAACCUACGUCGAAAUGACGGAAAAUGGCGUUGCUUCCACGGUUUUCGACGACCCGAGUAAACUUUUUCCCGAACGUAACGGUUCUAAAUAUUGUGACGUAAGUGGUAAUAAAUCCGUUCCUCAUUAUGAUUUUUUACCGUCUUAUCGUACGAGCGGAUCGAUAAGAGAACCCGAAUACAUGGAAGUAAACACUCUUUUGGAAAUUUUAAAAGAGCAAGAUGAAAAGUUAAAAGAACACAGAAACACCAUACAAGAUAAAUCGGUGAAAAAAACGAAUCAAGAUGUCGUCGUCGUUCCUCCGACUCCUCCCCGCUCCGCUUUGCCAGACAUUUUAAACUCUUCGACAAACAGGCAAAAUGCAAAGUCGGACAGUUCGGAUGCCGACGACGAAUCUUCGAAAGAUUUAGAUUCACUCGACAUACCACGUCAUCCGAGAUUUAGCUUAUCGGACACUUUUCGUCCGGCUUCCUACUAUUUGGGAAGCGCGAUUAAUGACAGAGAUAGAAACAUAGUGAGACUUCCCAAUUCCAGCGUGGAGAAUCACGAUUCAUCGGACAGCGAUCUCGUAUCCCCGCCUCCCAUACCCAAUUCUCUACCACCUUUGGACGAUUUGGACACGUCGUUGGAAACGGAAAGAUCUCUCGAAAUAAAUAAACCGCAAAAUUUUACGAAAUUUAAACAAAUGGACAAAGAAGAAAGUAAAAAAUUAUGGAGCACGCCUGCGAAUAACAAUAUUAAUCAAGAGAAUCUGGACAAUUCCGAAGAUAGUAAGAAAAAGAAACGUAGGCCGGUUUCGGAAGACAUGUUGGAAACGCUCGACGAAACGGAACAGUUUUUCUACGAAAAACCCCUCGUCUUCAGCGAAUUAGAUUUCGUCGGUAAUAGAAGUGGUUUAGCUUUAGACGAUGAAUGUGGAGACAUUAAUUUAGAUCAGUACCUGGAAGAACUUCAAUUAAACAGUUCCGUGAACACUCAACUGUAUACGAAAAGCAUAAGCGAAAACAUAUACAAAAGUUCGGAGAAAGACAUGCAUAAAAAUUUAAUGUCGUCGGAAAACAUGAAUAAAAUGACUGUGAAUGGAAAAAAUUUGUUGAAAAUGAAUUACGCCAGCGAAAACAACAGCACAAACACGGAGAACGUGGAACACGUGAAUCACGAGAGAACAAAAUCGAACGAUGAGGUGCACUACGAAAACCUUCAAACCCUGUUUCCACCUCCUCCGCCGGAACUAUACGAAUCGAGCAAUGAACAAUCCGACAGAGAAUCAAACUUGACGUUUUAUAGGGGGGCUACAUUUCCAGAAGUGCCACCCCCUGAUAACUACUGCGAUUCUUUCGAUUCGACCGAUAAAUCCAAAAUAUGUUUCGAUCCGGACACGUUGCAACAUCAAAUUGUAAGUCCAGAUGACAGUGCGGCGGCGAAAACAAAUUCAAGUUUUGAAAAUCAGGGAGCACCGUAUUAUUAUUCGGACAUAAUAAAAAACGACAAAGUCGAUUUUACGUCAUCCGCACCGACGGAAAGAACGGUUUCCGGAACGAGAGGACAUGCAAGCGGUGGAUCGCACAGGUAUCAACAAUUGAAUAAUCAAAGAGAUAGCGGGCAAGAGGCUAUACAGUUGUCGAAAAGAAAUGACAUCGGUAGAAAAGUCAAUCCGAUUUCACAAAAUUAUUUGGGCGGCAUGAAUUCGAACGAGGCCAACGAAUUGGACGAAGUGGAUAAAAUAACGGCAGAGCUUCGCACGACGUCGGCUCACUUUAUGGGAGCCGCUGAUAAAUCGGGAACCGUAGACAUGAGAAACAUUUACGAAUCGGAUACAUUGCAAAGGAAGAAAAUUCCCGGAAAUCAAACGGAUGUGAGUGGAACUAAAACGCCGGACAUGCAUCAUCCACAAGGCGUGGCUAGAAAUUUGUAUCCUCAGGGAAUAAAAAAUAAAUUUUCCGAUUCCGGGAUUAUGAAUAGUAGCAGCAGUCCGAUUAGCUCUCCUCUCGGAAGUCAAAGUCGAAUCAGAAGUAGAUCGGUUGAAGGAUUGUUGACGGAUUCGGAACCUGCGGCUCAAAAUCAACGGCGAACGGUUCCGACCCAACAUCAAAAUUCACCAUCCGUUCCUUCGACUUCGAACAGCAACACCAACAACUCAUCGCGAAAUCAUCAUCCUUACGAGGGUGACGACCUGUGGGAUAAGGAUACGUUAUGGAGAGAAAAUUUAAGAAAAGUCAGUUUGCGACACACUCGAUCUCUCGAUAAUUUAGACGACGAUGUCACGUGGAAUUCGAAUCAGCGACAAAAUCCCGUCGAGGGGAAAAAAGAAAAUUCGGGUCGUAGCAGCGUGGAUCAUUUCACCGGUUCGCAAAAUGGAAUGAUGCAAACGGGACGAAGAAGCGCCGAUCAUUUUUCUAUGGGCACGUCUAAAAACAAACUCAGCAGAAAUGUGACAUACGUGAAUGACGUCAUCGUCAGAAGGAACAGAUCUUUAGAUCUCACCCGAGAAUGCGAUGAAAAUGUCGCCGGGAGGGAAAAAAUAAAACCGAUCAAAGAAAUGGAAACCGUCGUCGUGCUCAGCGAUUCCGGCAUUUUAGAUUGCGACGAUGGAGUUCACUACGAAAAACUAACGAGAAAUCCACCGCCAUCCAAAUUGGGAAGCGUUCCCGCUGUCGUCACUACCACCACCGCCACCCCGACGACGUCUAAAUGGACGAGUCACAGUCGUGAAAAUUCAAAAGAAAUAAAAAGAAACGCGGGACUACCCAUGGGAAAAGAUGUCGCGUUGAAAAAAAUACAAAGUUCUAGAUUUCCAAACGAUAAUAAUAAUAUUUCACCCGUUCAAACAUCCAACGAAAAAUUACCCGUUCAACCGUUGGAACGGGAAAAAUUGAAACAGUGGGAUUGUUUGAUGUCGAACGGGAGCGUCGCCAACGAACAGGUACUCGAUGAAAAAAAAAUGAAAAAUGUUGGGGAAGAAAAUUUUGUAAAAGAUUUGACCGUUAAAAAAUCAUCGGAGGAUGUCGAAACGGUUACGGAUUCGGAUAAAUAUCCGAACGUGAUCGAACAACAACAGCGUCAACGACGUGUCGUGCCAGAAAAGAAAUCUCAAGAAUCGACGCCAUCUUUGGAAGGUAAGAAAACACUUGAAUUUUUAUUAUUAUUAUUUUUAAGACUUUUUUUUUUUAAUAUUCCACGAGCUAAACAUUUUGUGGUAAUUUUCGCGAAAGGCACUCUUUGA